GUGAACUUGUCCUUGACCUUCCCUCUGGAGAUGAAGGGCUCUCCCACCUUCCCUCCAGAUGGCUGUCUCCUCUCUCUGCUACUCCUGGUGUCCACCAUAGUCUCGGGAGAAGUGUCAUCAUUUUCUGUGAGGGGACAAACUGAGCUCAUCACAGUCCUGCUUGGGGCUGAGGCCACUCUGCCCUGCCAGCUGUCUCCUGCACAGAGUGGGACAUCUCCCAUGCACAUCCGCUGGUACCGUGCCCGCCUCACCCCUGCUGUGCUGGUGUUCCACGAUGGACAGGAGCAAGGAGAUGUGCAGAUGCCAGAGUACCGAGGAAGAACCCGGCUGGUAAGAGAUGCCAUCGCCACGGGAGAUGUGACUCUACAGAUACAGCAAGUCCAGGCUUCUGACGAUGGUCUGUAUCACUGUCAAGUUACACAUGGCUUCACCUCCCAAGAGGCUGUGAUUGAGCUCCGUGUCAAAGGGUUAGGCUCUGCCCCUCUUGUUCGCAUGACAGGGCCUGAGAACAAUGGGAUCCAAGUUUCCUCAAGUGGCUGGUUCCUAAAACCCAGGGUGCAAUGGAGAAACAAUGUUGGGGACACUCUUCUGUCCUCUUCUGAGUCACAGACCCAAGACGGAGCCGGGCUCUUCCACGUGGAAACGUCUCUUUUGGUCACGGAUAGAGCUGUGGGCAAUGUGACCUGCUCCAUCCAAAAUCCCCUCCAUGACCAGGAGGAAGUGAAGGCCAUCUUUCUACCAGAGCCCUUCUUCCCCAGGACUUUCCCAUGGAAAGUAGCUCUGGCUUGCCUGCUCCCCAUACUACUGGUUCUGUUUGGUGGGACCAGCCUUGCUGGCUGGAAAGAGCACCAAGCUAAAAGCUGAGAGGUGGAGAAAAAGUCAGAAGAACAGCAGGAAAUGUCUCAGAAGAAGGAGGAGAUGAAAAUCGCACUGAAGAAAAGAGAUGACCUCCAGGCCGAGCUGGAUCAACGGAAGGCUCUGUACAGAGAAGAUUGGAAGAAAGCCCUGCUGUACCCUGAAUAUCAGCAAGAAACCAGGCUGUUCCAGACAGCCUGA